ACGCCAGAGCAAGAUGGCCGACACGGCGGCCACUGCCGGGGCCGGUGGCUCCGGAACGAGAUCAGGAAGUAAACAAUCCACUAACCCUGCUGACAACUACCAUCUGGCCCGGAGGCGAACCCUUCAAGUGGUUGUGAGCUCCUUGUUGACAGAGGCAGGGUUCGAGAGUGCUGAGAAAGCAUCCGUGGAAACAUUGACAGAGAUGCUGCAGAGCUACAUUUCAGAAAUCGGGAGGAGUGCCAAGUCCUACUGUGAGCACACAGCCAGGACGCAGCCCACACUGUCAGACAUCGUGGUCACGCUUGUUGAGAUGGGUUUCAAUGUGGACACCCUCCCUGCUUAUGCAAAACGGUCUCAGAGGAUGGUCAUCACUGCCCCUCCAGUGACCAAUCAGCCGGUGACCCCCAAGGCCCUCACUGCAGGGCAGAACCGACCCCACCCGCCGCACAUCCCCAGCCAUUUUCCUGAGUUCCCUGACCCCCACACCUACAUCAAAACUCCGACGUACCGUGAGCCCGUGUCGGACUACCAGGUCCUGCGGGAGAAGGCUGCAUCCCAGAGACGAGACGUGGAGCGGGCACUCACCCGAUUUAUGGCCAAGACAGGCGAGACCCAGAGUCUUUUCAAAGAUGACGUCAGCACGUUUCCAUUGAUCGCUGCCAGGCCUUUUACCAUCCCCUAUCUGACUGCCCUUCUUCCAUCGGAGCUGGAGAUGCAACAGAUGGAAGAGACAGAUUCCUCAGAGCAGGAUGAGCAGACAGACACAGAGAACCUCCCUCUUCAUAUCAGCACGGAUGAUUCUGGAGCCGAGAAGGAGAACACCUCUGUCCUGCAGCAGAACCCCUCCUUGUCGGGCAGCCGGAAUGGGGAGGAGAACGUCAUCGAUAACCCCUAUCUGCGGCCUGUGAAGAAACCCAAGAUUCGCAGGAAGAAGUCGCUCUCGUGAGCUGAGAAGGAAGCCUGCCUUGUACAGAGACGCGGACACCACUCUCCUGGGGCAGUUAAAGCCACUGGAGGGAAGAAGAGAGGGUGGCCUCCUCAAGGUCAAGCCAAGGCAGCCGGUGUGACUGGGCAUGAUUUUAAUAGCAAACUCAAAUAUUAAGACCACCUAUUUUCACUGGAUAUUUGGGUGGAGGAAGACAUGAUGGUAAUGAUCAGACUUUCUGAAUCCACCUGAGUGACUUCAGUUAUUGUCACAGAACUUGAUUCCUUUGAAUCCUGGAAGACCAGGCAUGCGCAGAUAAGUCACACACACAGGAGUUAGAGUGAUGCAUAAGGGUAGCCCUCUCUCCUGGGAGAUUGAUCACUGGCUGUCCCUCUGUGGGAUGUGUGCUUGGGGACUACCCACUAAGUCCUGCUCCAUCCUGGGAAAAGAGGUUUUCUCUGACAAGAGCCCUAAUCAGUGGAUAUAUUAUUUUAUGACUUGUAAAGGAAUCACCGAUUGUAAACAACAGGAAAAGGAUUUGAUGGCGGGGUUGGGGGGGGUGUAGAAUUUGAGGGAUGGACCUGGCCGGUCUGCUGGAAGGCUAGCGUGGACCGAAGGCUGUGGUCCCACCUUAUGGCAGAAGUGGGCUGAGAGGAGCCUGCAGGCCAAGCCAAGGUAUUCUUCCAGAAGCAGGUCUGAAUCUGAUCAACCUCUUUUCUUUCUGGGGAGAGAGGACUUUGUCCUUGAUGUACCCUACAAACCAAAACAAAAAAAGCAAGUGUUAAGGAAGAUACUGGGCAAGCUGAUACCCUUUGGCUGGUCUCCAAAGGAAGAGAUUUAAAAACCCAAGUCCAAAGAAGAAAAAUGCCAGCAACACCUGGAAGUUAACACAGGAUAAACAAGUUGUUCCUUGGGUUAGUGUCCUAAGGUCCGUAUCGAACUUUCCCGAUGCUCUACUUCCAGAGUCAUCUCUUCAUCUUCCAUGCUCUAGGUGAAUUUGAAAACUUGAAGAACUUGAAGGCAGGUUCCACGUUCCUCCGGCCUCACUCUUGCCCUAGGGCCCUCCAUCCCGUUGCCUGGAGGCAAAGGAGCUGCUUGUCAGUCACUGAAGAUGGCAUGCCAGGGAGAUAUUUGGGUUCCCCCACUCCGGACCAAAUAAGCAUUCAGGUUUGCAGUGGCCUGAAACUCUUCGACUGGACAGCAGUCAGAGCGGGCCUUUGCUGAGUUUGUGAUUCGGCUCGUGGCGAUUCUUGGCCGGUUGAGUUUACAGGCCCAGGUUUGAGCUCUGGCAGGUGCAGGGCUGAGACCUUGCCGGCUUGCUGUUCGCUCUCGGGGCAGCCACCCCUGUCAGCAUUUCUGCACUUCCUCUUUCGCCAUUACUGUCCAAAACCAGCACCUGCCCCAUGCCACAAAUCUGAGGGAAGAGGAGGCGGGUUUGGGAAAGAGUUGCUACUUCUGCUGUUGAGAUUGGAGGCCCUAAUUCUGGAUGCGAGGCCCUGGGAGAUGAUUAGACAGCUUGAAACACUGACCCGACUAUUGAUGUGUAAAAACUGUGUAUAAUUCUCAAUGUAUAUUUAUAAAUUUCUAUUUUUUAUAACUUUGGGAGACUUCUUGGAGGGAAGAUGUAGUAAACAGAGCCAGAUUAAGGACGUGAUUUAUGAGCUCUUAAUCAAAGGUCAUAAUAAAAGCUUUGCAAAUGAAACAGAAUGAUAUACUUUGAACUUAAUUUGUAUUCAGAAGUACAGCAAGGAGUAAGACUGUAGACAGAUAAGGUUUAGUUCUUCUGUUGGACUAAUUACCCCUGGAUACUAUAUAAAACUUUCUACUUUGGAAAUUUUCAAACACAGAAUGAGGAAAGUAUAUAUGCUUUCCCUGUAUAUCCUUCACCCAGCUUCAACACUAAGCAGUAUCUUUUCAAUUCUGUUUCAUUGAUGUCUCCCACCUUUUUUUUCCUUUAUUUUUUCUUCCUGGAGGUUUUUUUUUAAUUUUUUUUAAGAUUUUAUUUAUUUACUUAAGCGAGAGAGCAAGAGCGGGGGGAGGGGCAGAGGGGGAGGCAAAGGGACCAGCAGACUCCCCGCUGAGCGAGGAGCGGAUGCGGGGGCUCAGUCUCACUGAGAUCAUGACCCUGAGAUCACAACCUGAUCUGAAACGGAGAGUCGGAGGACACUUAACCAACUAAGCCACCCACGUGCCCCUCUUCCUAGGGUUUUAAAGUAAACGCAAGACCUGUGUCAUUUAAUCUGUAAAUAGGUCAUCAUACAUCUCUCUCUGAUGGACCUUUUUUUUUCUAAUUUUGAAAUUAUAGAUUCACAGGCUGUUAGAAAGAAAAAAAUGUCCCAUGUACCCUUGGCCCAGUUUCCCCCAUCGGUAGCAUCUUGUGUAACAGGUGCAGUGUCAGACCCAGGAGACUGGCCUCAGUACAACCCACAGAGCCUAUUCGGAUUUCACCUUGUCCUCUGUGUGUGAGCAGUUCUGUGCGGUUUGGUUACACGUGGAUUCAUGUAACGACCGCCACAAUCAAGAUACAGAACAUUUCCAUCACCACCACCACCUCCCUCAUGCAGUCUCUCCAUGACCACAUCCACCUCUCCCCAUCCCUAACCCCUGGCGGCCGCUCUUCUGUUCUUCUGUUCUCCAUCUUUAUAAUUGUAUUCAAAGAUUGCUGGGGUGCCUGGCUGGCUCAGUCAGUUAAGUGGCUGCCUUUGGCUCAGGUCAUGAUCUCAGAGUCCUGGGAUCAAGCCUCUGUCAGGCUCCUGACUCAGCGGGGGAGUCUACUUCUCCCUCUCCCUCUGCCCCUCCCCCCCCCGCUCAUGUUUUCUCUCUCUCUCUCUCAAAUAAAAUCUUUAAAAAAUAAAUAAAGAUUAUUAAUAUAAAUGGGGGUGCCUGGCUGGCUCAGUUGGUAGAGCAUGUAACUCUUGAUUAAGGGGUUUGAGUUCAAGCCCCACGUUAGGCAUAGAAUUUACUUUAAAAAAAAAAGAUUGUUGGGCACCUGGGUGGCUCAGUCGUUAAGCGUCUGCCUUCGGCUCAGGUCAUGAUCCCGGGGUCCUGGGAUCGAGCCCCGCAUCGGGCUCCCUGCUCGGCGAGAAGCCUGCUUCUCCCUCUCCCACUCCCCCUGCUUGUGUUCCUGCUCUCACUACCUCUCUGUCAAAUAAAUAAAUAAAAUCUUUAAAAAAAAAGAUUGUUAAUAUAAAUGGAAUCAUAAAGUUAUAACCUUUGAAGGUUGGCUUUUUUCACUCAGCAUAAGUAAGAGCCCUCUGGGUUGUGUGUAUCGGUAGUUCCUUUGGGGUUUUUUUGCUGAGUCAUACUUCAUGGUGUGGAUGUACCACACUGUGUGUAACUAUUCACAUUUUGAGGAACAUCGAGGUUGUUUCCAGUUUCAGCCUAUUAUGAAUAAAGUGGCUAUACACAUUUGUGUAUAGGUUUUUAUGUAAACAUAAGUUUCACUUCUCUACAAUUAAUAUCCAAGAAUGUGAUUACUGGGUCCUGUGGUAACUGCAUGUUUAAUGUUAAAAGGAACUGAAACUCUCCCAGAGUAGCUGUACCUUUUUUUUUUUUUUUUUUUUAAGAUUUUAUUUAUUUGACAGAGAGACAGCGAGAGAGGGAACACAAGCAGGGGAGGAGCGGGAGAGGGAGAAGCAGGGGAGGAGCGGGAGAGGGAGAAGCAGGCUUCCCGGCUAGCAGGGAGCCUGAUGUGGGGCUCGAUCCCAGGACCCUGGGAUCAUGACCUGAGCUGAAGGCAGACACUUAACGACUGAGCCACCCAGGCGCCCCAUAGCUGUACCAUUCUGCAUUCCUAUUAGCAGUAUAUGAGUGAUCCAGUUUCUUCACAUCUUCACCAAUAUUUGGUGUUAUUAUUUUAUGUUGCUUUAGCCAUUCUGACAGGGGUGUAAUAAUGUCUCAUUGUGACCUUAAUUUGUAUUUUUCUAAUGGCUAGAUGUGUCUGUUUGCUAUCUGGUGGAAUCCAGUUGAGUCUUUUGCCCGUUUUCUCAUUGGUUUGCUUCUUUGUUUUGAAAUUUCUUUAUUCUAGAUACAAGAACUCUUGUCAGGUGUGCAGUUUGACACUUUCCCACUCCACAGCUUGUCCUUGUGUCCUCCCCACAGGAUCUUCUGCAGACCAAAAAGCUUUUAAUUUUGAAGACCAACUUAUCAGUGUUUUCUUUUAUGGGUAUUUUUAGUGUUGGGUCUAAAACUGUUCACCAAGCCCUAGCUCCUGAAAAUCUUUUUCUGUUUUUUUUUUUUGUAACAUUUUUAUAAAUUUAUGUUUUACAUUUUAGUCCUUGAUCUAUUUUGAGUAUAUUUUUAUAGAAGAUGUGAGAUUUAGUUCGUUAUUUUGUCUGUAAAUGUCCAAUUGAUCCAGCACCUUUUAUUGAAAAGCUACUCUUCCUUCAUUGAAUUACACUUGUACCUUUGUCAAGACUUCGUUUUUUGUGUGUUGGGGGGCAGAUUUGUGUCGGUUGAUAGACUUUUUUUUUUUUAACAUAAUCACCAUGUCAAUAGACUUAACAAAUGAACAGAGAUUUCAUGAUAGCUUUAGUAUCCAGUUCAUACUCAGUUUUUUUCCAGUUGUCUCAAAAAUGUUUGUUUGUUUUUAAUAGUUGCCUUGCUUGAAUCAGGAUCAGAAUAAGAUCCGCACACUGCACUUGGUUUUCACAUCUCCUAAGUGUACAGCAGUCCCUCUUCUAUUUACUGAUGAGCAUGCCCCUUCCUUGACCCCCCUCCUGGGCCUGCAGCCCCCAGUCCAGCCUCUGGCGAGGACACUCAGCAAGCCCCCUUCCUUUGUUUCUGACCAAGGGCCAGUUAAAUGGUGACCAGUGAAAACUGAGAAACCAGUAAGAAAAUGGCCUGGCCUUCUGGGGAAACAAGCGUAAAAGGAACUGACGUCCUUGAGCUUUGUUUUUCUAGAAUCCUGAAGUUGCUCUAAGAGGCCAUGUGGUUCAGUAGAACAAAGCUUGCUGACAUGUGUAUUUAUGGCCCCACAAUUGACCGGCUGUGAAAUCUUGAGCAAAUCACUAAACUACCAAACCAGUUUCCAUAAAACGGGAUAAUUAUGAUACCUUGUGAGGAGGAUUUAAUGAGAAAUGUCUGUAACCGUGGCUUAUAAGUGACAAUAUUACUCCAUUGCCAGACUAUUUCCUGUUGCUUUAAAAAUUACAUAUAAAAACGAAUACUGAGAACUUAACUCUUGCCCAUCACUGUUUUACAGGUAUUGACUCAUUUACUCCUCACAAUGAUCUCAUAGUAGAUUUUCUUACUGCUUCCAUUUCCAGCUGAGGAUGGGGAGGCGCAGGGAGGCUGGUAGCUUCCCACAGUCCCUGCCGCUGCCGAGUCCCAGAGCUAUAGUCUGCACCCAGCAUCCUGCUGCCGAGCUCAUGCUUUUUACCUUUGGCUAUUGCUUCACGGCCGUACAUGCUUGUAUCUCAAAUGCACUGAGUGCUUCUGUGUGCAAAGUGAUUCCCACUAUACCCCCAUGCUGCCGUGGCCUGCAGGUGGGAGGAGAAGGAGCUAGAAAUGGAACCAGUGACACAGAGAGGGGGAUGGGGAGGCAGGCUAAGGCUGCCAGUCACAGCUCUGUCCAUUCCUCGAUGAAGUAGAUGAAGGGACAAAAAUAUUUGUGAAGGAUUUUGGUCAGUUUAUGAAUAAUGGAUCUGUAGCAGAUUAUAAAGGAGGCUAUGGGUUUUCUGGUACGAGGAGAGUGAGGAUCUUGUCAGGGGAAACGCCUGUGGCCCCUUUCCCUGCCCUGUGGGGGCCCUGGCAGAGACAGGCUGGAACAACUUUUAGUCCGACCUAAGGUGGUAUCUCUACUGGAUUAAAUGGUGUGUUCCAAUGAGUUGGGCUGUAGAGCCCCCAAAAAUCCCCAAAAUCUAGGGGUUUAAGACAGAAAUGUACACCUUCUAUGAAAGUCUGAGUGAGUAGGCGCUCCAGGCUGGCUUGGUGGCCCGAUGGUGUCAAGUGUCCUUCUAUUUCCUGGCUCCUCCAUCACCUCAGGUGCUGCUCGCAUCCAUGUGAUGGAAGGUGGCUGCCACCCUAUCCCCUGGCUCCGCGUUCCAGCCUGGGGGAAGGAGGAGAGAGGAGGCGUCUCUACAGGAGAGCUCAAGCCCCAGGAGCUGCCCCCUCGUAGUCAAUGGCCCCACCAAACUGCAAGGGAAGUGAGGAAAUGUGGGCUUUAGCUGAGUGUCUAGGUAAAAUUUGGGAGCCCUGUCACCAUGGAAAGAACAAAAGAAUGGAUCUGGAGGACAGCUGGCAAUCUGCCACAAAUGAGGUUGAGGGCGUGUGCCCAGGAAUGCCUUGGUGGGACAGGCAGCAAACCCCUCCCGAACACAGAAGCCACCAGACUUGGCACCCUUGGCUCUGCCAGCUGGGCCCAGAGGCCAACAGCUGGGUGCUCCUCUAGGCUGGGGCCCUCAGUGUAAGUCCAACCCAGCUUUUGCCUCUGAUGUGUGACCUUGUUAGCUGCCCCUUCCUUCAGAGUUGUUCCUUUGGCUUCUAUGACAUGGCUCUCCUUUCCUUGUUAUCCUACCUCUUGGCUUCCCUUUUCUUUG